AGCGGCUGGCGGCUCCCCGGCUCUCCCGCGCGGCGGCCUCCCUGCUCCCUCCCGGCCAGCGGCGGCGGCGGCGGCGGCGGAGGCGCGGGCCCCCGGGAGGCGCGGCGUGGGCCGAGCGGCGGCCGCGGAGCGUCGAGCCCAGCGCGGCGGCGGCGGCCGGGCAGCCAACAUGGCGGCGGCGGCGGGCGCGGGCCCCGAGACGGUCCGCGGGCAGGUGUUCGACGUGGGGCCGCGCUACACCAACCUCUCGUACAUCGGGGAGGGCGCCUACGGCAUGGUGUGCUCUGCUUAUGAUAAUGUCAACAAAGUUCGAGUAGCUAUCAAGAAAAUCAGUCCUUUUGAGCACCAGACCUACUGCCAGAGGACCCUGAGGGAGAUAAAAAUCUUACUGCGCUUCAGACAUGAGAACAUCAUUGGAAUCAACGAUAUUAUUCGAGCACCAACCAUCGAGCAGAUGAAAGAUGUAUACAUAGUACAGGACCUCAUGGAAACAGAUCUGUACAAGCUCUUGAAGACGCAACACCUCAGCAACGACCAUAUCUGCUAUUUUCUUUACCAGAUCCUCAGAGGGUUAAAAUAUAUCCAUUCAGCUAACGUGCUGCACCGUGACCUCAAACCUUCCAACCUGCUGCUCAACACCACCUGCGAUCUCAAGAUCUGUGACUUCGGCUUGGCCCGUGUGGCAGAUCCGGACCAUGAUCACACAGGGUUCCUGACGGAGUACGUUGCCACACGUUGGUACAGGGCUCCGGAAAUUAUGUUGAAUUCCAAGGGCUACACCAAGUCCAUUGAUAUCUGGUCUGUGGGCUGCAUCCUGGCAGAGAUGCUGUCCAACAGGCCCAUCUUCCCGGGGAAGCAUUACCUCGACCAGCUGAACCACAUUCUGGGUAUCCUCGGAUCCCCAUCCCAGGAAGACCUGAAUUGUAUAAUAAACCUAAAAGCUAGGAACUAUCUGCUUUCUCUCCCACACAAAAACAAGGUGCCCUGGAACCGGCUGUUCCCCAACGCUGACUCCAAAGCUCUGGAUUUACUGGACAAGAUGUUGACGUUCAACCCUCACAAGAGGAUUGAGGUGGAGCAGGCUCUGGCCCACCCGUACCUGGAGCAGUACUACGACCCCAGUGACGAGCCCAUCGCCGAAGCACCGUUCAAGUUUGACAUGGAAUUGGAUGACUUGCCCAAGGAAAAGCUCAAAGAACUCAUUUUUGAAGAGACCGCUAGAUUCCAGCCAGGAUACAGAUCUUAAAUUUCUCAGGACGUGGGCUCUGAGGACGGGCCGCGCAUGGACGUCGCUGUUCUUCCUCCCAGCUCCUGACCCCAGGCCUGUCUCCAGCCCGUCUUGGCGUGUCCACCUGACUCCUUUGAGCCGUUCGGAGGGGCGGUUUCUGGUAGUUGUGGCUUUUAUGCUUUCAAAGAAUUCCUUCAGUCCAGAGAACUGUUCCUGGCACCCCUGUGUGUGUCGCCCUCCGGUGACCUGUGGCAGUACGUACUUCAGGGCACCUACUGCUCACCUUGCUUUAGUCACUAAUUGCUUUCUGGUUUGAAAGAUGCAGUGGUUCCUCCCCUCCUGAGUCCUCCCUCCCGACGCCCCGCCGACCCCGCCGUCACUGCCGGUCACUGCAUCUCACCUUCCGGUAGGGCGGCCGCUCCUCGGGCACUUGAAGGCAGCGACGGCCUCUCUUUGCACUCCUCCCGCCCUGCCGGGGCCCCUGCAGCUCGUGCUCCCGCCCUGGGCCCCCCUCCUCAUGUCAUGGGAAUCCCUAGCAGAUGCAAGGUAUGUGCUGCUUGCCCAGCUUUUAGAAAAUUCAGUCCUUUUUUUAAAUAAAAGGAAGUCCUGCUUCAGGCAGCUCCACCUGCAUCACGUGCAGUCCUGGGUGUUGCAAGACUUACGCAAAAAGAUGUCGAGGGGCAGCUUCCCUCGGGAUUUGGUGAGGGGU